GACAAAAUGGCGGACUUUCCCUCGCGCGAACUAUGUUUUGCUCUUUUGCUUACUUUUUUGGCGAGGAGUUUUUGCUUCAAACCGGUGAUCAUCGUCCAUGGAAUACUUGAUCACGCUUCAGACAUGAAAGAUCUUGCUUCGUUUAUAACGCAGGCCCAUCCCGGCACCAACAUCACGUUGAUAAAAUUGUUUGAGGAAUUAGACAGCUUCAAACCCAUGUGGAUGCAGGUCUCAGCAAUUUCUGAAAAAGUACGAGAAGUGAUGCAGGAGGCUAAAGAUGGAGUUCAUAUUAUCGGCUUCUCUCAAGGUGGACUGACUGUGCGUGCAAUCUUGGAGACCAUGGAUGACCAUAACGCUGAGAGUUUUAUUUCCCUGUCCGGUCCCCAGAUGGGACAAUAUGGAGACACUGACUAUCUGAAGCCUUACAUUCCAAAACUUGCUAGAAAGGAUCUUUACAUACUCUUUUACACCAAAUAUUUUCAAGAUAGAAUUUCUUUAGCAAACUACUGGAAUGAUCCAUACCAUGAAGACAAGAACUAUGAGUAUAAUGUAUUUUUGCCAGUAGUAAACAACCUCAAUUCAUCAAAGUUUUUCAAUGCAUCAGUUGGUGCACAAUUCAAAGAGAAUUUCCUUCGAAUCAAGAACUUGAUUUUGGUUGGAGGUCCAGAUGAUGGUGUCAUUACACCAUGGCAGUCAAGCCAGUUUGGUUUUUAUGACACAAGUCUAACAGUUGUGGAUAUGAAAAAUCAACAGGUUUACCUUGAAGACACCUUUGGCUUACGCACGCUAGAUGAGAGAGGGUCAGUUCAUCAAUACACCUUUCCUGGGGUAAAUCACACACAUUGGCAUGGAACAGAGAAAGUCUUUGUGGAAGCUAUUGAACCAUGGUUAACUUGAUGUUAAAGCCUUACCAAAUUAGGUUCAACAUAGAGCAAUUUUACAUUUGGAUUAAUGAUUACUACUGGUAGCAUUAGGCUCUGCAAUGGAAAUGCGAUAGAAAUGCUUUGGAUUCUUUUCAGUCAGAGUCCAAAAAUUUACUUUUAAAAGUUGACAUGAGGAAUUGUUAGGACUUGAAUCCUAAAGCUGCUCUCAUUGAUUUACGAGUAGUUUGCUAGAAUACAUUUUUAAAUACUCUUAGGCAUCAUAGUCAAAAAAUAGAGACUGAAGUGAAUAAUGGCAGCAGGGCAGGUUUUGCUCAACAGAGUUCUUCCUGAAAAAGGAACAGAAAUAUGAGACUGAAGUUCAUGCAGUUACAUUUUAGACUUUUAAAAGAUGUUUCAUAUUCACUUUCACAAAUAACUUAAGAAUUAUAAGAAAUAAUUGGAGAAAUAUUUCAAAAUUGCAAUUCUAUUUUUUAAAAAAUUCAGUACAUAGGAAAAAAUGCAAUGACCAAUCAGCUAUUUUGGAUCUUGUGCAUUAGUUUUAUGAAGUGGAUAUGCACAAUAAUUUGAUUUAUUUCUAUGAAUUAUUUGGUUCUUGUAAGUGAAGAUGUUUUACUGGCUUGUAUUUUUUUAGAUAAACAAAGAUGUUGAGCAAUCUUUCAAAAGUUUUAAAUUUUUAAGUUAAUUUAGCAAAAUUAAAUUUUAGACCUUGAAGUUAGACUUUGUGGCCAAUUGAGUAUAUCUAGUUAUGAUGUGUUUCCAUGAGGCAUAGUUGCUAUUUAAUUUUUUUUUUGGCUCUUAUUGAAUUGCUGAUACACCAUGGCAAAGUCAUAUUUCAAGAUACAUGGCCUUUGAGGCACAGUUGAAGUUAUGCGCUAAAACGGAAAAUCUUUGUGUUCAAUUUUUCAUUAAUUAUGCAAUUAUAAAAGAUUGACAAUUUCCAAUAUUUGAUUUUGUUUGAUAAGUCAACUCCAACAACAGGAGUGUAUUCUAUUCUUUUUAAUCAGUACAUGAAGCAUGCUACAUUGAUUUCAUAGCCUGAAUUUUUUAAUUUUUAGGAUUUCACUUUUGGAAAUAAAU